AUUAAGAAAAAGCCAAAUGGUUUGCUUAGGAUUGCAUCGUGCUGUAUAUAAGAAAAGCUUUGAUCUUUUCUUGAAACAAGUUCAUUACUCUAUUACGUUAAGGGGUUCAGGGUUCAAAACUUCAAAAGCCCAUAAGGUUCUUGUAAUCAAUGGAUGACAAAGAGAUUGUUUUGUCAUACAAGGAUGUGGUUUUGAGAGUUUCAGAUUUGAAUAUCCUUAAAGGACCAUGCUAUCUUAAUGACCAAAUUAUUGAUUUCUAUUUUGCUUACUUAUCUUCUUCUUAUAACGCUGAUGCUAAUGAUAUCUUGUUAGUUCCACCUUCCACAUCUUAUUGGUUCGCAAAUUGCCAAGAUCAACAGAGUCUUGUCAAUGAUUUUGUGGAACCUCUUAAGUUUUCAAGUAAGAAACUCAUUCUUUUUACUGUGAAUGAUAACGAAGAUUUCAGUGCAGCUGAAAGGGGAACACAUUGGAGCUUGCUUGUUUAUGAUAGGAGCCAGAAUUACCUUCUGCAUUUUGAUAGCUUGCUGGGGAUGCACCGAUAUCAUGCCUUGAAGCUCUACAAAGCUGUAAAGGGAUUCAUGGGCACAGCCAGUGAAUCAUUAUCAAAAGAUGGUGCUAAGACUCUGAAAAUGAAAGCUGUAGGGUCUGCUGCUGUUCCUUUCUUUAAAGAAGCUAAAACACCACAGCAGACAAAUGGAUUUGACUGUGGGCUUUAUGUUAUGGCCAUUGCUGAGGUUAUUUGCCGAUGGCAUUCAUGUGAAAGGAAUGGCAAUGAUGGUGACUGGUUGUUUGCUGUUGAAAGGGAGGUUAAUGCAUGUCUGGAGACAACAAUGCGGGGUGAAGUGUUGAAGCUUAUUGAAGAUCUGAGGAAACAAUGAUGUAGGGUAGGGUCCUUUUCUUUUUCUUUUUGUAGGAAUAGAUGUUUUAGUGAUUCAAAUUUGUCACAAAGAGGAACAUAUGUUUUAGCGACUCAAAUUUCAAUUGAGGAAUGUUAUUAAACUUAUUUUUCAUGUGUAA